AUGAUAAGCAAGUUGGAAUGGCUAAAGACUGCACUACUCAUCGUUCUCGUCAUAUCAAUGAUCUUCAUUAUCAUGUUGGACCGCGAGCUGUUGAAUGAUGACGAGUCUACAGCUGUUCCAAUUGCCAUUAAAAGGGAAAACAAGCAAACCAUAUUCAAUUUAACAUUUUUAAAUCUUGACACUGCAUAUGUAUUACCUUUUGAAUUUCUUGAGAAUCCGUCACAUCACUGCAUUGACCCACCAUUUCUUCUCAUGAUAACUCUGAGUGCACCGACACAUUUUAAAGCCCGUGAAGUUAUCAGAAAUCACAGAGGAAAUAUCACCAAUGUAGCAGAACAUAAGGUAGUCCAGUUGUUUAUUGUCGGGAAGCAAGCUAAUGACACAGGCAAUGUCAUCAGACAUCUCCACAUGGAGUAUCUAGAAUACGAAGACAUUAUUUUAAUCGAUGCAUUUGAUAAUUACCAAAAUGUAACGCUGAAAGCAGCGAUGUUAUUGAAAUGGGCUGUACACCACUGUCGUAGAGCUAAGUACAUUUUAAAAACAGACGAUGAUGUUCUAGUUAUUCUGAAAAAUACAGUUAUGCUACUCGAGUCUGCUCCUCCACGCAAUGUUGCAAUUGGAAGAGUAUUUCCGCAUGCCUUUGCAUUGAGGAACCAAACUGCGAAAAAUCGUUCUACUAAGCAGCAGUGGCCAUAUAAAUAUUACCCGCCAUUUAUUGUCGGGGUAACUUGUAUUGUAUCACAGGAUGUCGCACAACGAAUGUAUGAACAAUCGCUUCACAUACGUAUGUUCCAUAUACAAGACGUGUAUUAUGGAAUUCUCUUUUGGCUUAUCGGUAUUAAACCACAACAUAACAAUCAUUUUGCCGUCUUAGCAAGUAAUGUAUGCAAAUUACCGUGCUGCCGGAAUAAUAUAGUUGCUGUUCAUUUCUCAGGAACUGAAAAUUUGUAUCGCCACAUCAAAAAUGUCACUGAAUAUAAUUUACUGAAUGAUACCAAGAGUUGUAUUUAA